AUCACUAAAGUCAUUUUCUAUUUCACUUCUCUGUCGUUUCCCUAGGCUUUCUUGAUUGGCAAUUGACCCCAGCUUGUGCUGCCUGUGAUCGUUUUCUUCAUGGUUACCUCUUACUAGACUAAGUUUUAAAAUCAUUCUUCAGGUGGUGUGGAGAUGCGUUGGGUUGACACAUACUUUCCCUUUACCAAUCCAUCAUUCGAAUUGGAGAUAUAUUUUCAGGAAAGGUGGAUGGAAGUAUUAGGUUGUGGGGUAACAGAGCAAGAAAUACUGAAAAGAGGUGGGAGAACCAAUAAUGUUGCUUGGGCUUUUGGACUUGGAUUGGAACGAUUGGCAAUGGUUCUCUUCGAUAUUCCGGAUAUCCGACUUUUCUGGUCUGCUGAUGAGCGUUUUACAUCUCAAUUUUCAAGUGGCCAACUUGGAGUGAAGUUCAAGCCAUUUUCUAAGUAUCCUCCAUGCUACAAAGACAUGAGUUUCUGGAUCAAUGAUUCAUUCACCGAGAACAAUCUUUGUGAAGUUGUUAGAGGAAUUGCCGGGGAUCUUGUGGAAGAGGUGCAACUAAUAGACAACUUCACGAAUAAGAAAGGAAUGACCAGUCACUACUAUAGGAUUGCUUAA